AUGGGCGUCCCAAAGCUUUGGGAAGAGCUCGAGACCGGUCACCGCGCCACCAGCUGGUCGCAGCUCGUCGAGCCGGCCUUCCAGCGUCCAGGGAUCCGCUCGCUCCGAGUGGGCGUCGACACACCGCUGUGGCUCUUCCACAUGGGCCGCAUGCACACUAUCGUCGACCCGGAGACAGGACUGCCUCAGAAUGUCGGCCCGAACGCCGACUUGCGAAUGGUCUUCUUCCGCGCCUGCGACUUCCUCCGCCGCGGCAUCCUCCCCGUCUUUGUCUUCGACGGCCCGAAACGACCUUCCUUCAAGCGCGACCGGAACGUGAGAGGGAACUACCGCGGACGGAGCGAGAAUGACUUGACGAGGUUGUUCGGGCUUAUGGGAUUCGAGGUGAGGAAGGCGCCGGGUGAGGCGGAGGCGGAGUUGGCGGUCAUGCAGGAGAGGGGAGAGAUUGAUGCGGUUCUUACGGACGACGUUGACACCCUUCUCUUCGGAAGUCCAACGCUCCACAUCAUCCGCAACCCCAGCAAGACCCUCUCGGCCAACCACAGCAAAAAAUACCUCGAGCGACAAGCCAGCAUGCCCGCCGCGUCCCAACCCGGCCCUUCUCAGUUCCAGUCUUCCCAGGCGACCGAGUACAUGAGCGUGCCCCCUUCGCACGACAAAGCCGUCACGACCUACUCUGCCGCCGACAUCGCUGCCGACGCAGGGCUCGACCGUAACGGGAUGAUCUUGAUUGCGCUCAUGUCGGGUGCGGAUUACGACACGAAGGGCAGCUUCAGGGUCGGGAUCACCAUUUCGGCAGCGUUGGCGAGAGCAGGUUACGGCGCAUCGCUCAUCCAGGGCGUGGAGCGGAUACGCUGCUCGCCCGCUGCUCGCGAUUUCCCAACCUCCGCCAAAGCCGCGCUCGACUCGUUCCUUACGCAAUGGCGCGAGUCGGUAGCGAACGAGUUGCGGACGAACGCCAACAAGCUUUUCUCGAAGCGGCAUCUCAAGGUCGCUGACGAGCUCGAGGCCGACUCGUCCUUUCCCCGCCUCGAUAUUCUCGACUUUUACCUCUCGCCCGUCGUCUCAGACCCGACUUCAGCCAGCUACGUCACGCCGACCUGGUCUCGCGACGUCGACCUCGAAGGACUCGCAUCUUACGUGAUCAGCAAGUUCGAGUGGUCGCACGUCGAAGUCCUCGCACGCUUCCGCAACCUCCUCUGGCUCGGCCUCGCAGUCCAGCACAUCCGCCGCGCCGCACUCGCCGAAGACGCCUCCACCCGCCUCACGCGCGUCCUGCCCGAGGGCUACAUCGCGCUCGUCGAAUCCCGCAAGUGCGCCGAAUCAACCGACUUCAUCCCCUCCUACCGCGUCGAACUCGAUCCCUCCGUCUUCAACCCUCACGUCGCGGCUGCACUACCAGGCGACGACCCUUUCGAGUUUCCCGACUACACCCAGCUGAGUCAGGAGCAGGUCGAUGCAGUCAAGGCUGUUCGGAAGGCGGAAGGACGGGCGCAGGAACCGCCUCCCAGUCCGCGGGGCGCAACAGUCUUCCGCCACUGGGUACCUGUUGGGGUUCUCGAGGCGUGCGAGGAAGGGCGCGAAGCGGUACAGGCCUGGAGGGACUUGGCGGGGCGGAAGAAGCGGGCGAAGGAGGACGAGGAGCGGAGGAAGGAGGAGAGAAGGACGGCGAGGGAGGCUGGGUCCAGCUCGCCUGUCAAGAAGGGUUCGCCGCUCAAGAAGCUUGCGUUUGCCGAGUCGAGCGGGACGACGGCCCGAAGGAGGCUGGCGAAGACGGUUGCGCCGCCGGAGGACUCGAGCGACUCGGACGAGGAUGUCCAUGAGACGGUCUUGCAGGAGAAAGCAAGGAGGUUGCGCGAGGCGAUGCUGGCGGAGGCGCGAAAGGGGAAGGGCAAGGCGCGCGAAGAACCCGCCACGGCGUCGACCCUCUCCCGCUCGAAACGAUCGUCAUCCAACUCCACCCCGCAGCAAGGCCUGCUCUCCUUCUCGUCGACAAAGCCGGGCACCUCGUCGCAGUCGACCAAGGCGACGACUGUCUCUCCCCUUUUCGCCGGCGACUCGGACAGCGACGUCUUCGUUCACUCGCCGCCCAAACCUGCUUCCAAGCGGCCAGUCCCGUCUCCUCCGCCCGACCGCCGCGACACGCUCUCUCCACCGACAUCUGAGCCGAGCGACGACGACCUGUACCGCUCGAAACACGUCUCGAAGGCGACCCGAACGAGUUCUGCCAAAACGUCGCCCACCAAGACUCGCCGGGCCAAGCCGCUUCCGGCGGUCCUCGAGCUGUCGAGCGACAGCAGUCCGGAGAAGGUCACGAAGAAGGCGUCGCCCAAGCAGAAGAAGCAGGGCGACGGCGAGGGCGAGUCGUUGACGGACUGGUUGCGGCGGCGGAAGGCGGACAAGGCUGCGGCGGAGGAGCGGCGCACUGCGAACGUGAUUACGCUGUCUGACAGUGACUGA